ACAAACCAUCUUCAAAAUGGGCAUUAACAUUAACAUUAAUAAAUCAGUACCAGUGUUGUUGUUGAUGAUACUAUCCUUCUGUAGCAGCAGCAGCAGCAGUUUCUCCAAUUUUGCAGCAGCAGCAGGAACAAGAACAAGAAGAUCUGCAGGUGAUCACGACGACGAUGAUGAUGUUCCUAAUAUUCAGGUUCGUGCAGUGAGCCUGGGAGGGUGGCUGGUGACUGAGGGAUGGAUCAAACCCUCCCUCUUCGACUCCAUCCCCAUCAACAAGGAUUUCUUGGAUGGCACACAGCUCCAUUUCAAGGUCUUCAAAAGCAACAAGUAUGUAUCUGCAGAGCUGGGUGGAGGCUCCAUUCUCGUCGCCAAUCGGACACUGCCCUCUUCCUGGGAGACCUUCACUCUAUGGAGGGUGAACCAGACGAGCUUCAAUUUGAGGGUUUUCAACCGCCAGUUUGUGGGCCUCGCCGGAGAUGGCGUCGCCGUCGCCGCCGUAGAUGUCUCCCCCGGGGAAUCGUCCACCUUUCGGAUUGAGACAAACCCUACUUACCCCCAUCGUGUUCGAAUCAGAGCCCCCAAUGGAUUCUUCCUCCAAGUGAAAUCCGAGCUAACUGUGACGGCGGACUACAAAGGCGACGGCGAUUGGGGCGACGACAACCCGUCCGUUUUCGAGGUUACGAUAAAAAACAAAAUGCAAGGAGAAUAUCAAGUCACCAACGGCUAUGGCCCUGUCUUGGCACCCCUAGUCAUGAACCACCAUUGGCGAACAUUCGUAGUCGAAGAUGACUUCAAGUUCAUAAAAAAAAGUGGCCUUAACGCCGUAAGGAUUCCCGUCGGGUGGUGGAUCGCGCACGACCCUUUUCCACCCAAGCCAUACGUCGCCGGCUCCCUACAAGCGCUCGACCGUGCCUUUGCAUGGGCAGAGAAAUAUCGAAUUAAGGUGAUCGUAGAUCUGCACGCGGCGCCUGGCUCGCAAAACGGAUGGGAGCACAGCGCGUCACGUGAUGGAUCCCAAGAAUGGGGACAGCACGACACCGACAUCCAAGAAACCGUCGGUGUUAUAGAAUUUCUCGCCGCACGGUAUGCGAAAAGCCUGAGUUUAUUUGCGGUGGAGUUAUUGAACGAGCCUCUUGCGCCGGGGGUUUCUUUGGAUGUUUUAACCAAGUAUUACAAAGCCGGAUACGAUGCCGUCAGGAAGCACUCGGCGACGGCCUAUGUUGUCAUGUGCUAUAGAUUAGGAUCGAGCGAUGCACGGGAGCUAUUUCCACUGGCAAGUGGACUAAAAAGAUCGGUAUUGGACGUGCAUUACUACAACCUCUUCACGAGCGCAUUCGAUGCCCUGACCGCGCAACAAAACAUCGACUAUGUUUACAACAACCGGACAACGCAACUCAACCACAUCACAGCGGCGAACGGCCCUCUCAUUUUUAUAGGGGAGUGGGUGGCGGAGUGGAAUGUGAAGAACGCGACGAAGGAAGACUACCGGAGGUAUGGCGAGGCGCAGUUGAAAGUGUUCGGGCGCGCGAGUUUCGGGUGGUCUUAUUGGUGUUUGAAGAACAAUGAGAAGCAUUGGAGCUUGGAAUGGAUGAUCAACAAUGGAUAUAUCAAGCUUUGAUUUGAUCAUUUGACUAUCGAUCUUUUCAAGUGUUAUACUAAUUCUUCUUUUUGUUGGUGUUGUUGCAUUUAACGUUAUGUAUUAACUCUAUAACCUUCUGAAAUAAAUUGAUAUGCAUAGUU